AUGCCUAACUACUACGAAGUGCUGGGGGUGCAGGCUAGCGCCUCCCCGGAGGACAUCAAGAGGGCCUACCGCAAGCUGGCCUUGUGCUGGCACCCCGACAAGAACCCUGACAACAAGGAGGAGGCCGAGAAGAAGUUCAAGCAGGUGUCCGAGGCCUACGAGGUCCUGUCCGACUCCAAGAAGCGCUUGGUGUACGACCGCGCAGGCUGCGACAGCUGGCGGGCCGGCACCCCCUACAGCAGCCCCUUCGACAGCGGCUACACCUUCCGCAACCCCAAGGACAUCUUCCGCGAGUUCUUCGGAGGCCUGGACCCCUUCUCCUUCAACUUCUGGGACACCCCGUUCGGCAGCGCGCACGCGGGCCGGGGCCACAGGCUGCGCGGCGCCCGCUCGGCCGGCUUCGGCGAGUUCCCGGCCCUCGUGGAGGCGUUCUCGGCCUUCAACAUCCUGGGCCGCAGCGGCGGCAGCGCCGGCCGUGCCACCUUCCCGUCUGCAUCCUUCGCCGGCUCUGGCUCGGGCAGCUUGGGCGUCAAGUCGGUGAUGUCGUCCACCGAGAUGGUCAACGGACGCAAGAUCACCACCAAGCGCAUCGUGGAGAACGGGCAGGAGCGCGUGGAGGUGAGGGAGGGAGGGCGGCUCAAGUCGCUGACCGUCAACGGCAAGGAGCAGCUCAAACGGGUGGACAGCAAGUAG